AGGCUGCCCCCGUUCAGUUCACCACAGUCCCACAAAUAUUUCCAGCAGCACAGCAAAGGAGGGUAACAGGAGGGGGCAUGAGGAAGCUGCUGCAAAUCAUGCUGUGGGCUACUCUCUUCUACAAAAAUACCAGUUUAAAUACACAUUGAUCUGCAGCUGUGGUGCCAUUUCACAGCUACCUAAUGUUUUAUUCAGAAGUGUCGACUUAAUUAGUUAUAUCUACGUAUGGAAUAACUACAGACUCUGUGAACUACCCUGGGACUCACCAUGGACGUGGUAUUUGACGCUCCUGGGAGUGGACUUUGCAUACUACUGCUUUCAUCGCAUAAGCCAUGAGGUUAAUAUACUAUGGGCAGCGCACCAAAUACAUCACAGUUCUGAAGAUUACAACUUAUUCACAGCCUUGAGACAAUCUGUACUGCAGAAAUACACCUCCUGGAUUUUCAACUUGCCCAUGGCUCUUUUUAUUCCACCUUCAGUGUUUGCUGUUCAUCUACAGUUUAAUCUACUUUACCAGUUUUGGAUACAUACAGAGGUUAUUACCAACCUUGGGCCUCUGGAGUGGAUUCUUAAUACCCCUAGUCAUCACAGAGUUCAUCAUGGCAGAAAUCCUUAUUGCAUUGACAAAAACUAUGGUGGCACACUCAUUAUCUGGGACAGGAUAUUUGGAACAUUUGAGGCAGAAGAUACAAAAGUUGUAUAUGGCUUAACACAUCCAGUAAAUUCGUUUGAUCCCAUCAUGCUCCAGUUACGUCCCUUAGCUCAUAUUUGGAACACGUUUUGGGCCACACCUGGAUUCUGCAAUAAACUUUCUGUCAUAUUCAAAGGGCCAGGCUGGGGACCAGGCAAACCUAGACUUGGCCUUCCUGAGGAAAUCCCAGUGAUCACUGGAAAAGAAGUUCCAUUCAAUCCAAGUGUACCAGCUUAUCUUAAUUGCUAUGCAGUCGUACAUUUUGCUGUAAUAGUGGACCUGUAUACUGAACUUCUUGGUACCGUGACUAUGUUAUCACAGGGAACUAUUCUCCUGAGAAUUUGUUUUAUCAUUCUGUCCCUGACCUCUUUUGGACUGCUUCUGGAGAACAGGCCCAAAGCAGGAGUUUUGGAAAUCAUCCGCUGCGUAGUCUUCAUAGUUGUGUACAAACUUGGCCACGUAAGGAGUCAGUUUUCUUCCUUGGGUGAUGCAUAUGAG